CAAGACCAUUUACAAAAUUGGUAAAGGAAAUGCAACUCCAUCGAGAUGACUUUGAAAUUAUAAAAGUGAUUGGAAGAGGUGCAUUUGGUGAGGUUGCAGUUGUUAAAAUGAAGUGUACAGAGCGCAUUUAUGCAAUGAAAAUUCUAAAUAAAUGGGAAAUGCUUAAAAGGGCAGAGACAGCUUGCUUCCGAGAGGAGAGAAAUGUCUUGGUGAAUGGAGAUUGUCAGUGGAUUACUACAUUGCACUAUGCCUUUCAAGAUGAGAACUAUUUGUAUCUAGUGAUGGACUACUAUGUUGGUGGUGACUUACUGACACUUCUCAGUAAGUUUGAAGACAAGCUUCCUGAAGAUAUGGCUAGGUUCUACAUUGGUGAAAUGGUGCUUGCUAUACAUUCCAUACAUGAGCUGCAUUAUGUACACAGGGACAUAAAGCCUGAUAAUGUUCUUUUGGACAUGAAUGGCCACAUACGACUGGCAGACUUUGGGUCCUGUCUGAAAAUGAGUGAAGAUGGCACAGUACAGUCGUCAGUAGCAGUGGGUACGCCCGACUACAUCUCCCCUGAGAUACUGCAAGCAAUGGAAGAUGGAAUGGGAAAAUACGGGCCUGAAUGUGACUGGUGGUCACUGGGUGUCUGCAUGUAUGAAAUGCUGUAUGGUGAAACACCCUUUUAUGCAGAGUCCUUAGUGGAAACCUAUGGGAAGAUUAUGAAUCAUGAAGAACGAUUUCAGUUUCCAUCACAUGUUACAGAUGUAUCUGAAGAAGCAAAAGAUCUUAUUCAGCGACUUAUCUGCAGUAGGGAGCGUAGACUGGGACAGAAUGGAAUAGAGGAUUUUAAGUCUCAUGCAUUUUUUGAAGGACUUAAUUGGGAUAACAUUCGAAACCUAGAGGCACCUUACAUUCCAGAAGUUAGCAGUCCUUCUGACACUUCAAACUUUGAUGUAGAUGAUGAUGUAUUAAGAAAUCCAGAAGUGGUGCCACCAAGUUCUCAUACAGGCUUUUCUGGAUUGCAUUUACCAUUUGUUGGGUUUACAUACACAACUGAUAGCUCUUUAUCUGAUAGAGGCACUUUAAAGAGUGCGAUGCAGUCUGACACUACAACCAAAGAUACGGAUGUACAGCGUGACUUAAAGAACACUUCACAAAUAGAAGGCUAUGAAAAGAAAAUACGGAAAUUAGAGCAAGAAAAGCAGGAUUUGAACAGAAAACUGCAAGAGCCUACACAGACAAUGCAGAACCUCCAAGGUCCAGUGUGUGUUACAGUAAAUACAAGCCGUGAUAAGGAGAUUAAAAAAUUAAAUGAAGAAAUUGAACGGUUGAAGAACAAAUUAACAGAUAUAAGUAAAUUGGAAGGACAACUUGCAGAUGCUGUGGCUUUUCGACAAGAACAUGAAGACUCUAUACAGAAGUUGAAAGGACUGGAAAAACAGUGCAGAGUACUGCGGCAAGAAAAGGAGGACCUGCAUAAGCAACUUGUAGAAGCCUCAGAGAGAUUAAAGACACAAUCGAAAGAAUUGAGGGAUGCCCACCAACAAAGAAAGCUAGCUGUGCAAGAGUUCUCCGAGCUCAGUGAGAGGAUGGGAGACUUGCGGUCUCAAAAGCAGAAGCUGUCCCGGCAACUUCGCGACAAAGAAGAAGAGGUGGAAGUGAGCAUGCAGAAAAUUGAUGCUAUGCGACAGGACAUCCGUAAAUUGGAGAAGAUCAGAAAAGAGCUGGAAGCCCAACUUGAAGAAGUUGUAUCAGAAGCUUCAAAAGAACGCAAGCUUCGCGAGCACAGUGAGGCCUUCUCCAAACAACUGGAAAAUGAACUGGAAGCACUAAAGCUGAAGCAGGGAGGCCGGGCAGCAGGUGCCACACUAGAACAUCAGCAGGAGCUUUCCAAAAUUAAGUCUGAGCUGGAAAAGAAAAUCUUAUUUUAUGAAGAGGAGUUGGUCCGACGAGAAGCAUCACAUGUUUUGGAAGUGAAAAAUGUGAAGAAGGAAGUACAUGAUUCAGAGAGCCAUCAACUUGCACUGCAGAAAGAGAUCAUGAUAUUAAAAGAUAAAUUAGAGAAAACAAAGCGAGAGAGGCACAGUGAAAUGGAGGAAGCAGUAGGAACAAUGAAAGAGAAAUAUGAGCGUGAAAGAUCAAUGCUCUUGGAAGAUAACAAAAAGCUAACAACAGAAAACGAGAGGCUCUGCUCUUUUGUGGACAAAUUAACAGCACAGAACAGACAGCUAGAAGAUGAGCUCCAAGACCUAGCAGCAAAGAAGGAGUCUGUUGCUCACUGGGAAGCUCAGAUUGCAGAAAUUAUUCAGUGGGUCAGUGAUGAGAAGGAUGCUCGUGGCUAUCUCCAAGCAUUAGCUUCCAAGAUGACAGAAGAACUAGAAUCAUUGAGAAGUUCCAGUCUGGGGUCACGAACACUGGAUCCACUUUGGAAAGUGCGACGCAGCCAGAAGUUGGAUAUGUCAGCUAGGCUGGAACUACAGUCUGCCCUUGAUGCAGAAAUUCGUGCCAAACAACUAGUUCAAGACGAGCUACGAAAAGUUAAAGAUGCAAACAUAUCUUUUGAAAG